AUGUGCUACCGAAAAUACUACAGAUACAAGUGUUGCGCACUUGAAAAGGACGUCGACUGGGUGGCCUGCGAAGACAAACCACCCGGCCUGAACUGCCCCAAGGCGCAAGAACACAACUGGCAAGAACCGUACGCCGAGUAUCAGGGAGAGAUCGAGGGCCCAUGCUGGAACUGUAUGUGGGCGUCAUACAACGACGGUGGCAAGGCGAAAAGAGAGUUCAUAGAAAACGCCGGUAAACCCAAGCCAGGCGAUGAACCAUGGGAGAGUGACGAAGAGAGAAAAGACCAACGCAUGGCCGGCGAAGACUGGUAUUGGAUCAUGAGGAGGAGACAGCGCAAGCAGAGGGAAAGGGAGAGAAGGAGGAUGGAGGCAGAGACGGCAAAGACGAGCCAGAGCACCGCGCAGUGGAAUGACGGACUCGAGGGAGACAGAACCUCUGGCAGCAGCACGCCCGGAACAUCCGGAAGCAGACCAGAUACAGGUCGAUUUCUGAUCCCCUCUCGACGACGGCUUCAUUUAGCCCCUCCAUUUCUCCUAGAUACCUAUAUACCGCGAUACCACCUCCUCUCCUCUGUAGAUGCGGCGAAGAAGCGAUCCCGGGCUUAUGCUCAUCUGCGAAACUGCAACCUCUGCCCCCGGCUAUGUGGAGUGAACCGCUAUGAGAAGACCGGCCACUGUCUCAUCGGUGCAGAAACGGUGAAGGUCAAUGUCAUCGCACCGCAUUUCGGAGAAGAGCCAUGCAUCCAAGGGUGGAAUGGUAGUGGAACUGUUUUCUUCUCCGGAUGCAACUUGCGAUGUGUGUUCUGUCAGAAUCAUGACAUCGCUCAUCAACGGAAAGGGUUCGACCUUACCCCCGAGGAGCUUGCGGAAUGGUAUAUAAAACUCCAAGAGGUUGGAAAUGUUCAUAACAUCAACCUCGUUACCCCGGAACACGUCGUUCCUCAAGUUGCAUUGUCAAUUUUACAUGCACGAGAGGUCGGGCUGAAGUUACCCAUAAUCUACAACACAUCUUCAUUCGACUCUCUCGAAUCGCUGAAACUUUUAGACGGACUGGUGGAUAUAUACCUGCCGGACUUCAAGGUAUGGAAGGAUAGUUCUUCUAAACGGCUACUCAAGGCGGACAACUAUACCGCCACGGCUAUGGAGAGCAUAAAGGCCAUGCAUGCACAGGUUGGGGACCUUUCUUUUACAGCGGAUGGCAUCGCGAAGCAAGGUAUUCUCCUUCGCCAUCUUGUUAUGCCAGGCAUGGAGGAUGAGGGGAUAGAGAUUGUUAGGUGGAUCGCCAGUAACGUAUCGAAAGAUAUGUAUGUGCAUAUCAUGGAGCAGUACCACCCUGAUGCACAUGUUGGAAAGAAAAAACGGGGACGUAGUAAUGUGGUCGAAGCACAAGAGGAGGAGACCGUUCGGUAUGGUGAUAUUAAUAGGGCUGUCACUGAAAAGGAGCUCGGAGCGGUACAGCUUGCUGCGAAGGAUGCAGGGCUAUGGAGGUUUUGUGAACCUGCAGAGCAUGGUGGAUUUCAUCUUUAG